AUGAUGAACGUACUCAGCGUCUUGGAGCAUCGCGCAAGAGCACGCCUUGAGCUCGCUCGAGCCCGGAUGCAGCUGCGAAACGUCUGCGACUACGAAGUCAUUGGGCGCUACUGCGGACUGCUGCUUUUCCCGUUUACCGUCUACGUGUGCGUCGGGCAAAUGCAAGGCUAUAGCGAGAGUCAAAUCCGCGACCGUAUCGCAGGCCGGAAAGACGUGCCCUGA